UCCUCCAUUCAAUCACGAUCCUUCUACUUCUACACACUUAUCUCAUCCAAAUGCUCCGUCAGCGCCGCCUCUCAGCCUUGCAAUGCCGUCGCACCGAACCUCCAUUGUACUGAGCUUCUGUUGCACCGAAUCUCUGUUGCAUACAGGGACCAGUGCACACACCUCCUCAUCCCUCUCAACAAGUGCCACCAGGCCGAGUUCUACCUUCCAUGGAAGUGCGAGAACGAGCGUCACUCCUACGAGAAGUGCCAGUACGAGCUCCUCAUGGAGCGCAUGUUCAGAUGCAGAAGAUCAAGGAACGAGCCUCCCUUAAUCACUCUCAAUCCAAGGGUGCCGCCUUUCCCGUCAUCCCUAAAAUCGCCAAUGCCUGAUUCAUUCCAGGGUUAUGGGAUUGUUCACGCUUUUACUUGAUUAGGAUUAGAGAAUGUUAGUUUGUGUAGGUGUCUCUUUGUGGAUUAAAUUGGGUUUGCUGUUACCAUAGGACCAUAAUUUUUGUUCAAAUUAGCUGCACAGACAGAAAAGUUUCAUGCUUGUAGCUCGUAGUGUUAAUCUUAUCUUCAAUUGAUCCUCCGCUUGUUAUACAACUUCUUCCAUGUGUCUCUUCACUGACCUUUUUCUUCCACAGUAAUCCUUUUAAUCACAAAACACUGACUUAUAAGAACCUGUGUUGAUCCUACUGAAUUGAGUAAAUUGCCAUAUUUGAAGUUAUAACAAUCCAGUGAUCCACUUGUUUGAUUAUGGCUUCUUUGAGUAUGCCUUCUAUUUCAGAACAGAACAGAGAUGAUAAUAACAAGAAGAACAAUAGCAUAAGCAACAAGUUUUUGCUUCCAAGAAAGCCUCCUGAUAGAAUGUUGCCUUAUAACAAGGCCUAUAAUCAUGAUGAGGAUGAUGAUGAAGAAGAGGGGGUCACAGAAGAUGAUGAGGAACACAAUUUUCUGCAUAAUGAUGAAAAGAGAAAACAAGAACUUGACAAGUCAAUGCAAAAACCUAAUAUUUUGGUAGCUUUCUUACAGGUUUAUGCUAAAGGAAUUGCAAUGUGAAUAUUGAAUUGAACUCGAACUUGGACUUAUCGUUAUCCAUUUUGAAUGACGUUGCUUAUUGCGUGUUGAUGGUAAUGUUGCUAAUGAGAAUCAGAGGGAUUCUGUGUGUGCUUUUAAUGUGAAUUUACUAUUGUCUUAGGUGUUUCUAACACUUUAAGGAUUACAAAAAAGCUUUCUUUCUGCUUAGUUUUUAGCUUAGUGUGGAAAUCAGAUACUUUUGAAAUAAGGGUCUGCUUGGUUGAGUAGGAGGAAAAGGGGAAGUAUAGGAUGCUAUGAUUACAUUUCAAUUUUUUCCUUCUCCGAUCUUUGAUAUGAUAUAUCAAGAAAGUGUAAAGGGAUUCUUAUUCUGAAAUUUAUGACGACCGGAUUUUUACUAA